AUGAUCUCUGUAACAGUAGCCGCACACGGUGGUCGAGGAAAACGGGUUGUUGGUGGAAAUUUAAAGGCGUAUGGCAGUGGUCGGCUCUCCAUUUGUGAUCUCGACAUUCCACCGGAAAAAUUGGAAAUUCAUCAGAAAAGCAAUUUCAGCAAAUUUUGGUCAAAUCUCUUCGAGAAACUGUUAGCAUUAACACUGGUUCUCUUUCAAACAUGUUUCCCCUUUUUGAACAGACUCUUCGAGAAGCCGAAACAGGAUAACAUUGAGGCGAGAUUGGCGGCUCGUCGAAGCAGAUCACUCAAAUUGCCUCCACCACCAAUACAGAAACUCAAUGCUAAAGUGCUUCUGGAAGUUUUCUCAUAUCUAGAAGGAUCGAGUUUGGUUGCUUGUGAAGGAGUGUGCAAAAGAUGGAGAAAAAUCAUCGAAAAGCAUGUGGAUGAGUUGCCGAAAGUCGGCAAAGAUCAGAUCCGGAUCCUUUUUGAUGAGGGCGAGAUUGUGAUCUAUCCACUCGAUUCUCGAAAAACUUCAACGAGAUAUCCGAUGCCGAAUCUGCAGAGAUUAGCAAUUCUUCUUCGCCAUCUUUCUACUUUAUCCCUUUUUGUUCGCGGUCUGAUCCCAAUUGAGGCAACUCCCGUCUUGAGAAGUCUUUGUAAUCUCCAUUUGCGACCACAACAGAUCUAUUUCAUUUGGAGUAAAUUCUCCGUGGAAAGUAUAUCUUUGUUAGAAGAGUUAAUCAUUUGCAAUGCGGAAACUCUCACCGAUAUCGGAUUUGAAGAGUGCAGUCCAAAUGUCUAUUUAUCGGAUCGAUUAAUCUUUCCAAUUGUCCAUCAACUUCAAUCACUUCGGAUAUGGAAUGAUGCAAAGAGUGGACCGCAUAAUAUCACUGAUGCCACUCUGGCACAAUUGACUAGAAAUCUCGAAAAGGGCUGUCGAUUGGAGACUCUUGAUCUCACUUCUUGUCGUGUCACUUCAACAGCGAUUGCUCGUUUGAUCUAUGCAUGGGCACUUCAUCCAAGCUCUGAUGUUAGCAUCACUCUCAAUUUUUGUUCGGAUGUUUACCGCUGCGAUGUCCUCAAUCAAUUAUCCCAAAGAAGUAUCCAUCUACAAAAUGGGAAAUUGGCGAGAAAUGGUUGCGUGCUCACGAUAUCGUGU